GAAAUUAUCAUCAACAUCUGAGACCACGAGCUGCCCAGAAAUUAAGAAUUGAUAUAAUAUGUUUCGCCCCGAGGAACACGGGCUGGAGCCUGACUUUCAAUUAACCAAAUUCACCACACACACCGGAUGAAGCUGUAAAAUCCCCCAAAAAGUACUGGAAAAGUAUCUUAGGGGAACGGAAAUAGCUAAUACCAACAACGAUGGAUACCUUAUCGGCUCUGGAAUGGACUGUGCUGUUAUACCACUGUCUCGGCACAAAGAAUUACUACUGGUUCAAACCGUGGACUUUUUUUACCCCAUGGUAAACGACCCUGAAAUUUUGGGUCGCAUCGCUCUGGCCAAUGUUCUGAGCGAUGUGUUUGCCGUUGGUGUGACGGACUUCGAUUCAGUGGAAAUGAUCCUUAGCACAUCGACAAGCUUUACGGAAACUGAACGAGACGUUGUCAUUUCGCUGAUCAUUAAGGGGUUUCAUGACUCCUUGAAAAGCAAUGGCUAUGGAAAAACUCCAUUGGUUAUCAGGCAACUGAAGAUCAAUCCCUGGUGUAUUGUGGGUGGCAUUGCGACGUCUGUCUGCAGAAAUAGGGAAAUUAUUUUACCCUCAAACGGUCGGCCCGGCGAUGUUUUGGUACUUACAAAGCCCCUGGGCGGUCAGAUGGCGAUGGAUGCCCACCUCUGGCAGUUGAAUAAGACGGAGAAAUACAAGACCCUCAUGUCGGAGUUCAAUGACGACGACAUUAAGGAAACCUUUGAAAUAGCAGUUAAAUCAAUGACUUAUUUAAACAAAAAUGCCGCCCUGCUAAUGCACAAAUAUCAGGCUCAUUGCGCCACCGAUGUCACAGGAUUUGGCCUCUUGGGUCACGCCAAGAAUCUCGCUGAAUAUCAAAAGGAAAAGGUUUUAUUCAAAGUUGAGAAGCUGCCGAUUAUCAAAAAUGUCUUGAAAUUCAGUUCUUUGAUUGGGCAAAGCACCAAGUUUCGUUCUGGGCGAUCAGUUGAAACAUCUGGCGGCCUAUUGAUGUGCCUUCCUCCCGAGUCUGCCGACCAGUUUAUUCAGGAGUUUGAUCAGGUCACCAACGGAGCUCAAAAGUCCUUUAAAAUUGGGUACGUAGUUCAGGCUGAAAACGAGUCCGAUGCUGUGCUGUGUGAUAAUGUGGAGUACAUUGAAGUUACUCUAUAAGCG